AUGUCACGGCCGGUAUACUUGUCUCUCAAUUGGACCCCGCUUUCGAUGGCCUGUCUUGAACCUGCAUGGCUGCGGCGCAGCUCUUGGGAAUCGAUUCGAACCCGUGCCCGUGCUACUACCACAAAUGGGAUCAAACCUGCACCACGAUCCCACGAUGGAGAUAAAUACAAAAGCGACGAGAUCUUAAGUUUGGAAUCACAGCCCAAACAUGUCAGCUUCAACACCAAUCUAGAAGCCAAGAUCCAGAAUCCCUUAGCUGACAUCCCUCGAGAAUCACUUCUACGCGAGGUAGACGAAUUUGCGAAUCAACGAGAUCUUGUGGAUAUACUUCCAAUUCUAAGGAAAGGCGCCCUCGUGGCCAGAGACCCGAGUAAUUAUGAAGACAUAGACGGCCCUGAAGCACUCGAUAGUGAGGAGGUGGAAUGCCUUCGGGAUGAAGUUCUACACAAAUGGAGACAACGCAGGCCGUUAUACUUUACUAUCAUAUGUUGCUCGGUGGGAGCUGCUGUGCAAGGUUGGGAUCAAACAGGUUCCAACGGAGCGAACCUAAGUUUCCCAGGCUAUUUCAACAUUGGAUCGAGCUCGACCCGUGACACCUUCCUCGUCGGUCUGAUUAACUCGGCACCAUAUAUCGGCUCGGCUUUCUUGGGCUGUUGGGUCUCAGAUCCACUGAAUGGGUAUUUUGGUCGGCGCGGAACAAUCUUUGUCUCUGGAAACUUCUGUUUGUGGAGUGUGAUCGGAUCUGCUUUUUCACAAACUUGGCCUCACUUAUUCAUUUGCCGGAUUCUCCUGGGAAUAGGGAUGGGAGCCAAAGCUAGCACGAUACCCAUAUACGCAGCCGAGAACUCGCCGGCCUCAAUCCGGGGGUCAUUGGUGAUGAGUUGGCAGAUGUGGAAUGCCUUUGGGAUGGCCCUGGGAUUUUGUGCCAAUCUAGUCGUGUAUAGGUUUGGUUCAAUCUCAUGGCGUCUACAGAUGGGCUCUGCGUUUAUCCCGGCAGUGCCUCUUGUAAUCGGAGUGUACUUUUGUCCAGAGUCACCUCGAUGGUAUAUGAAGAAAGGUUUAUACCGCAAAGCAUACCAAUCACUUCUCCAACUUCGAAACAAACCAAUUCAAGCGGCUCGCGAUCUCUACUACAUCCACUCGCAGUUGGAGAUAGAGGCUGAGAUCCUUGGACGAAACACCUAUAUGAAACGGUUCAUCGAGCUUUUCACCAUCCCUCGAUUGCGUCGGGCAACUCUCGCUGCAUUCACAGUUAUGAUAGCCCAGCAGAUGUGUGGGAUUAACGUCAUUGCAUUCUAUUCGUCUUUCGUAUUCAGGGAUGCUGGAGCGACCGACAAGCAAGCUUUGAUUGCAAGCUUUGGCUUUGGGCUGUUGAACUUUGUAUUCGCCUGGCCCGCUAUUUGGACUAUCGAUACCUAUGGACGACGGAGUCUACUAUUGUUUACAUUUCCUAAUAUGGCAUGGAGCUUGGUGGCUAUCGGGCUUAGCUCCCUCAUCACAGGCCAAAAGGCUCACCUUGGAAUGAUGGCCUUCUUCGUCUACGUUUUCACUGCCUUUUACAGCCCUGGUGAAGGACCUGUACCUUUUACUUAUUCGGCCGAAGUAUUCCCUCUUUCACAUCGUGAAGUAGGAAUGGGAUUGUCGGUUGCGAUCAAUCUUCUAUGGGCUGCCAUCCUUGGUAUCACACUUCCUAAAAUGAAAGACACCAUGGGUAUACUUGGAUUCUUUUGUUUUUAUGCCGCAAUCACAGUCGUCGCGUUUAUGAUGAUAUUUCUGUGGGUGCCGGAGACGAAGCAGCGUACUCUAGAAGAGCUUGACUACGUAUUCGGGGUGCCCACGCGAACACACAUGCAUUAUCAGCUCACAAUAGCUUUACCGUGGUGGAUCAAGCGCUACGUUUUAAUGCGGCGAAAGACGCCCGAUCUUGAGCCCCUGUACCACUUUGAUUCGCCUACUGGGAGGGCUCAAGUCGAGCAGCUCUAUGCAAAGGACAAGAUACGAGCGAUGGAGAGGACUUAUAGAAGAUCAGGUAGCUUGCCUUCGAACGGCCGACAAACCCCUCAGGUUCGAGAUAAGAGAUAUCCUUGGCGGAGGGCGCCAUAA